AUGUGGAUGUCUGGGACAGUAGAUGUCUAUAUAAGAGUAGAGGAGGACCUCGAGAAGCACAACAGUCCAGACUCUCAGAUCAACUUGAUUUACUACAAACACCACUACCUUCAACAACACCAUCAUCACAUCUUCCUCCAACUACAUACAUUGACCAUGUACGCCUCAACCGCCGUCGCCUCCUUCCUCGUCCUGGCCGGGCUCUCUGUCGCCGCGCCAGUCACCGACAGCAGCAGCAACGCCGCCGCAGCUGUCGAGAAGCGGUUCGCCGGCGGCUGGUGCACCCUGCAUAUCCGCGAGGUCGCGCACUACAACACCGGCCACAAGGCCACGAUCACCAUCUACGACGCCAACCAGUUCCAGAUGUACACCGACGAGCAGUCCAACAGCGACGGCAAGGUCAUCAUCUUCAAGAGCCAGAACCUCCCCAAGGAGCUCGACGUCAGCAUCAACUUUGGCUCUGACAACAAAAAGGACGAGGCGAGCUUCGUCUAUGGAGACACGACCUUCGGGAGUGGCGAGGCCAAGUCGUCGAACGCCCACUGCAAGGUCGGCCAAUGGGACAUCGCCAACACCUUCUCUGACAAAGAAACUCUCGACAUGGACUGUGGCUUCACCUGUUAA